CAUAAUGUUCGCUGAACUGUCAUUAUUUCGUUUCCUUCGAGGUGUAUUAUUUUAUGCAAUGUUUUAUUAUUCUAAAGUCCCAGAUUCUAAACAGUGAACAAAAAUCAAGUGAAGUAGCAGGUAAAAUAUACCUGGCAUCCCUGCUCCUUGUAAACAUAAUGUUCGCUGAACUGUCAUUAUUUCGUUUCCUUCGAGGUGUAUUAUUUUAUGCAAUGUUUUAUUAUUCUAAAGUCCCAGAUUCUAAACAGUGAACAAAAAUCAAGUGAAGUAGCAAGGGUAGUGCUGAUUAUACACUUUUUAAAAGUACUAUCACCUAAAUACAAUUUCACCUGACAAAUUGCAAUGGAUUCCUACUGCCGCGUGUGUGGCACUAAUGAAUCGGUUUUGCUCCAUUCCCUAUUUCAAAUCUACGAAAAUGAGGACGAAGUAAUCGCAAACAUGAUUAUCGACUGCGCGGAAGUUAUGGUUUCAAACAACGAUAGACUGCCGCAAAAUAUUUGUACUGAGUGUUUGACCCGCUUGAGCAAUGCAUAUCAGCUUCGAAAGCAGUGUCAACAGUCGGAUAGAGCCUUUCGGGAAAUGUUGGAGCUUGCCGACAGUAGUGCAAGUUGCCACCAACCUACAGUUCUAUGUUUGAACAGUAUAAAAUCACAACACUAUCAGAUACUAAAUUAUGAGGAAUACUGCAGCCUAAUAAGAAUUUUAGGUGUCCACUGUUGCUAUUGCUUUGUAAUGUUUGAUACAAACGAGGAACUUAGCAAUCAUGUAACGAUUGUUCACAACAAGCGAACACAGUUGGAAAUAAAUGCAUAUAAAUGUCGAAUUUGUGGGGAGAAGCCUUCUAGUAGAAAAAUUAAUGAGUAUGAACAAAACUUGCUCUUCUAUGCCUGUCGCGAGUGCGGUUUGAUGCUCAAAACCAAGAACGAUAUUUUAACUCAUUUUGAAGUUAUUCAUGGCAGUACAUCUUCCGAAGAGAUGAAUCACGCAAUAUCUGAAUUUUUGGAUGAAAGUGACGAACAAAAUAUUGAAUAUCUGGACGAAGUUGCAGAUGAGUUUGAAAAUGGUGCUUCAAAGAACAAAUUUGAGACAAACAUUUUUCAACAAAUAACUGAGGAAUCUACUUUGCCAGAUCCAAAAUAUGUGAGUAUUGUUGAAGAUAGGACAAGCUACAAAGUCUAUCACCUAAAUAGUGAACAGUGCUGUGAAUGUUUUCAGCUAUUUGAGAACAUAGAUUCUCUUAGGCUUCAUUGUGAUCAAAAUCACUGUUCUACAAGCUUUGAAUAUAGUGACCUCUUGAAAAAUCACAAAACUAUCUAUCAUUGUAAAAACUGUAAUCAUGUUCUACCCAAUGAACAAAAAUUUGUGGAACACAUUCUUUCCACCGAUGACCACGACGAAGCUAUAAAUACAAUAGAAAUGCCCAAAAAGUUCAAAGAACUGAACGGAUUCAAGUGUUGCGAUUGUAGAGCUGUUUACGAAAAUGAAACAGAUAUGAAAAGACACUUGGAUGCAGAACAUCAAUUCAUGCGAUCUGUGCAACACUGCAAAAAAAAUUAUUGUAACAAAUGCUAUCGAAGUUUUCCCGCCCUAAGUCAGCUAACGCGACAUAAGUCAAAAGGUCAACAGAAACGUUUUUUUAAAUGUCUUACAAAGAACUGCGAUUAUAGUACGCCGAGCAAAAGACAAAUCAUCAAGCAUGUCAAUGACGAGUCCAAUCACGAAAAAUACCUAUGCAAGCAGAUCAAUCAGUUAUCGUGUUGCGUUUUGCGUUGUUACGAAACAUUCGGUACCUAUGACGAGCUGGAACAUCAUGCUGAGACGGUUCACAAACUGCUACGUCUUCAGCAUACUGUGGAACGUGAGUAUCAAGAAAUUAUUUGCAAAAUAUGCCACAAAGGUUUUGAAAAUAAGGAAUCCUAUUUACGACACCGUGCUGCAAAAAGCCCUAAUCACGUGUGCUUGACAUGUGGGGCACGAUAUAUUUCAAAAAUAAAUCUUCUGCAGCAUGAACAAAGCCAGUGCGGAAAAGUAGCUACAUUCCAAUGCCCACAGUGCGAUAAAGCGUUUUUUACGUCAGGGGGUCUUCAAAAUCACGAGAAGUUGCACGAAAAUAAGAGGUCACACGUUUGUAAGUUCUGCGGACGGGGUUUCUUACGCAAAGGUGUACUAAAGGAUCAUGUGAACACCGUUCACUCAAGCCUUCGAUUGUUUCAGUGUGCCAGCUGUCCGAAAUCAUUUACAAGCGGGAACAUAUUAAAGUCACAUCAGAUGACACAUACUAAGGAAAAACCAUUUCAGUGUCGAUAUUGCGAAAAACGUUAUUCCAAAACCAGCGACAGAACGUUACACGAAAAUCAGGUUCACCUGGGAAUUAGACCGUUCCAGUGCCACUAUUGUCCGACCGCUUUCAUUCGGGAUCGUGAGAGGAGGCUGCAUGAACGAACCCAUACCAAGGCUAAGUUGUACACAUGUUCGGUGUGCUCCGAGGGUUUUAAUAAAUUUGCUGACUACAAGCAACAUCGUCUGAAGAAACAUGGCGAACACACGUUGAGGGAUUUGGGACCCGCAGCAAUGUCCGCGGUUUAUGUAGGGGAUGCAAGGGAUGAGCAGAUCGACGAGCAGUUAGAAAAUGAUCCGCUUAAGGAAUGCAAGCUGGAGAUCGAGUUGUUUGACACUGUUAUGGCUGGAACAUGAUUUACAAUAAAUGAUAUAACUAUUAUACUUUCUUAAAAUGAUCCACAGUGA